AUGGCUGCUCUCUCUGCCUUGCUGAAGACCUGGGUGAUACUGCAGACCCUGUGCCUGGCUCUGGCCCAAGUGAGGGGUCCACCUGGACCCCAGGGCCAGCCCGGCCCAGCAGGCCCUUCUGGCACCCCUGGAUCAGAUGGCAUUGAUGGAGAUAAAGGACCUCCUGGCCCCCCGGGUUCACCAGGACAAAAGGGAGAGCCAGGAGAGGCAGGUCCUGAUGGAGCACCAGGAGAGAAUGGCAUUGAUGGUUUGAUCGGAGCAAAGGGGGAUCGAGGUCCCGUUGGAAGCCCUGGCCCCAAGAGCCAACCUGGACCAGGUGGGGAACCAGGACCUCCUGGACCCGGACUUCCAGGACUGGCUGGCGCUCCAGGGCCAAUUGGUCUUCCAGGCGAAAUUGGACCAAAUGGGCCCAAGGGUGUGUUGGGAGCAUCUGGACCUUCAGGACUUCCUGGACCUCCUGGCAAGCCUGGUCCUCCAGGGAAGUUCAUUGGUGGAGAAGAAGGCAGCGCUGAAUUUCAGUGUCCUCUUAAUUGUCCAGCAGGACCUAAAGGCCCACAGGGACUGCAGGGAGUCAAGGGACACAAAGGACGUUCUGGUGUUCUCGGAGAGCCUGGCACCAUAGGAAAAACGGGCCUCAAGGGAGAAGUGGGCAUCUCUGGGGAACAGGGUAUCCCAGGACCCCCGGGUCCGAUGGGUUUGAGGGGUUAUCCAGGGAUGAUGGGUCCUAAAGCAGAAGCAGGCCCUCGUGGCUACAAGGGCAUCACUGGACCUGUAGGAAUUCCUGGGCCCCCUGGUGAGGAAGGGCCUCAGGGACCACCUGGAGAGGCAGGAGACAAGGGAGACAAAGGCAGUCGAGGCAUCCAGGGCCCACAGGGUGCAGUUGGCAAAAAGGGAGAAAAUGGUCUGCCGGGCAUUGAUGGAAAGGAUGGCACACCUGGUAUUCCUGGAAUCAAGGGCGGCCCUGGCCAAGCUGGGAUGCCUGGUCCUCCUGGUCCUCAGGGAACAGCUGGAUUGCCGGGCAGCCCAGGGUCAAAAGGUGGACCUGGAUUUAAAGGCGAGCCUGGACCGAGGGGUCAUGUUGGCAUGCAGGGUGCAUCUGGACCUUUGGGUGAGCCUGGUCUUCCUGGUGAGGCUGGUAUGGAAGGAGUUCCUGGACCAAAGGGUGACCGAGGACAGCGGGGAGAAGUCGGACCACAGGGAGUAGUUGGCAAACCUGGAAACAAAGGAGAGAGAGGACCAAUUGGAGUCCCAGGAGCCCAGGGUCUUAGUGGAACAAAAGGAGACAAGGGUUUCCAAGGAAAAGUUGGGUCAAAGGGAGACAUUGGUGACCCCGGCGUUGAGGGAUUGGCUGGAGAGAAAGGUGAAAAGGGUUUGUCUGGUGAGCCUGGGCCCAAAGGACAGCAAGGAAUCAGGGGUGACAGCGGUCACAAUGGACCCACUGGAGACCCAGGUAAACCUGGAGACCAGGGACCACCAGGACUUCAUGGUCCUAGGGGACUCAAUGGAGAGCGAGGAGUACCCGGCAUGCCAGGCAUUCAGGGAGUAACUGGACGUGAUGCAUCAGACCAGCAUAUCAUUGAAGUGGUGUUGAAGAUGUUGCAGGAGAGGCUGGCAGCAGUAGCAGUGAGCGCCAAGCGGGCUGUGCUCGGUGGAGCGGGUGUGAUGGGACCUCCCGGGCCUCCUGGACCUCCAGGGGCGACUGGACCACAGGGGCCACAUGGUUUACCUGGUGCACGUGGUAUUCCUGGCAUGAUUGGAGGGCCAGGGCAGAUUGGAAACACAGGACUGAAAGGAAAGAGAGGAGCAAAGGGAGACAGAGGAGAUCCCGGUAAACCACAUCCUGGACUACCCGGACCCCCAGGAAUACAAGGUCCUCCUGGUGUUGAUGGUGUAGCUCGGAAUGGUCGCCAUGGCGAGAGAGGACCUCAGGGAGCAGCUGGAGAGGCCGGUUACCCAGGUAAAGCGGGUUCAACCGGUCUCCCGGGCUACUGCGAGGCGGCGAUGUGUCUGGCCGCAUCAGCGUACACCUCCCCGAGACUACAGGAGGCAGGCACAAUCAAAGGACCCAAUGUUUAGGGAGCUGUCACUCCAUUACCAGCUCAUAAUCUCCUGGGACAGAGAGAGAGAGAGAAGGAGAAAGACCACAUUUCUCAGUAGGACAACAUCCAGAACAAGAAGUGCGGGGGACAUUAAAAGUGACAUCCCCCCCCCCGUCCACCUCCAGAACCCUGAAGUUUUGACUGGCGGGACAAUACUCUGAUCUUAAUCCCCUACAUCACCAUGACAACAGCAGCUCACAGCCACCCACAUGAUUUUGAAUUCUCUAUAGUGUUUUUGGAUGAUGUCAGUGCCAGUCCCAUCCAAAUAUCCCUGCCCUGUUCCAGCAGUGAGAGAGGUACUGAUUUAUUUUUCAUCACUAAGCAUGCAUGAGCUGAGAGGAGAACAAAGUGUUGGGAAAAAAAGGUGCUUUUCUUUUACAAAGUGGUCACUUUAAUGCUUUUACAUUAUGCAAUUUUUUUGUUUGAGACAUGUUUUGAGUUUUAAAUGCCCUGCGUCUAUUCGGAAAAAAACCCACACCUGAUGCCUUUAAAUUGUACAAAAGCAAAACAAUAAAUGAUUGGAAGUGACACUCAGUACUGUACUGUAUGAAGUGUUUUCACGUGUAAGCUACAGUGAAGUCCCUGAUUUACCUCAUGUGUACAUUCCCCCCCGCCAUCACUGCUUUCUACCCAAGUCUCAUUUUAGAAACUAAUGACUAGCUUUAUCUCUUCUUCUUGUUGCCUGGCAACAGCAUAUCCAGACGGGCACUCCCAUCUCCCACAAUGCAGUGCUGUAAAUCUUUGUAAAUGUGUGUUGAUUAUUAUGUAGAGAAAAAGGAAUGGGUUACAAUAUGCGCCAACAAAAAAUCCUGUGUUAAUGAAUUCAGUGAGUAAUAAAAAGUUCCUACAGAUAUAACGACUUAGUUUCCAGACGGAUCAGUCUGAAUGUGCUUCCUAUGCCACUGUCAACUUUUCACAGGGUGUUCAGCAGUUUUACGACUGAUUUUUUUUCUCAUCAACAGAAGCUAUUUAUUGUUCUUCAUAUAAUCAUCUGUAAAGAGGGGUUUUUUUUCUGGCUGUUCAGGUCAACCCAGACAAAUAAAGAGGAAUCUUUUAUACAA